AUGGUGGUAGAUUCACCCAACGAUCGGCAGUCGCUCGAGCUGCAUUGCCGAGCUGGAACGCGUAGCUGCACCGCUGGCUUCAUCAAAGUGGCGGCACAAUGGCUGCUGCUUCUGGCGGGGUUGUGGCACGCGGCUUCCGCAGGUGAGCUGCUGGCCCAAUACCCAGGCCCCGCCGAUCCUCCCAUGCACUUCGCUCAUCUGCAAGUGGACGCGAAAACUGGAAAACUAUACGCCGGAGCUACAAACAACAUCGUGCAGCUCGAUGCGAACCUACGAUUCGAACAAAUCGUGCCUACGGGGCCGAAGAACGACAGCCCCCUGUGCCACGCCACCGGGUGCAUGAAUCCCGACGAUAUGAAUCCAGUUUUGAUGGACAACUUCAACAAGAUUCUACUGAUUGAUCCCGAAGCGGACACGCUGAUUUUUUGCGGGUCGUUGUCGCAAGGUGCUUGCACUAUAUAUCAGUUGAAGAACAUCAGCGGGCCGAACGAUUUUAUACCCAUGAGUAUAGCUGCGAACGAUCCAAAUGCUUCUACGUUCGCCUAUAUCGGUCCGCAAAAUUACAACAUCUGGAGCAAAUCUAACAUUCUUUACGUUGGCACUACGUUCACUAACAUCGGUGAAUAUCGACACGAUGUUCCAGCAAUAGCAAGUCGAAACUUGAAGAAUUUGGGUAUCGCCGAGCUUAGCUUCAGCAAACAGUCCACUCUGAUGAUCGACGUGAAGUAUAGAGAUCAUUUUAUAGUGCAGUACAUAUACGGUUUCAACGCCAGUGAUUACGCGUACUUCGUGAUCGUGCAAAAACAAUCUCACUUGCCCGGGCAGGAAGAACAAGGUUACAUCUCUCGUCUAUCGCGGACUUGCAUCAACGAUCCAAAUUACGAUAGUUACACGGAGGUAACGUUAUCAUGCAUGUACGACGAUCAGAAGUACAAUUUGGUGCAAGACGCGAAAAUUACGUUUGUCGGCGAAGAGCUGGCAGAGGCUUUAGGUAUUACAGUUCGAACUCCAGUGCUUGUCGCAGUGUUUAGACCAUCUAAAGGUAUAACGAACGAGCCUCAGAAUCACUCAGCGCUGUGUUUGUAUCCACUUAGAGACAUUGAGUCGAAAUUCAUCGAAAACAUUCAUAUGUGCUUCAAUGGUAGCGUGAAAUACCGUAACAUGGGCUACGUUUCCGGGCCGAUAUUGGACGGUAAAUGCCCUACAAGCGGUAGCGCCGGUAACAUACCGAAUUUCUGCGAAGUUGGACUUAAAAUAAGCGGCCUUACCCCCAUUUUAUCCACUGCUUCGCUAGUAUUUUCCAACAUUUCCCUCUCUUCAGUAUCAACCGCCUCAACCGGUCGACAUGUUCUAGCUUUUCUGGGCUCUACUGACGGUCGGCUUAAAAAAGUUCUUCUCUCAGUCCCCGAAGUUACAGUCUAUGAAGAAAUCGUCGUCGAUGAUGGAAAUGCUAUUUUACCCGAUACGCAAUUGUCACCAUCAGGCGAUUAUCUCUAUGUUCUUUCUUCCUCGAAAGUAUCGAAAAUUAAUGUGGAACAUUGCAGUAGUUACAACAAUUGUUCUGCAUGCUUGGAGUCCAAAGAUCCCUACUGUGGAUGGUGCUCGUUAGAAAAAAGAUGUACUGUUAGAAGUGCAUGUCAGAAAGCGUCUCACAGCGCGCCGCGUUGGUUAUCUUUGGGUACCGGUCAACAGUGCAUCGAUUUCGAGCAAGUGUUCCCGGAGAGAAUACCGAUAAAUCAAAUGACGACCGUCCGUUUAACUAUAAGAACCCUUCCUGAACUCCCGUACGGCGCCAAGUACAAAUGUGUAUUCGGUUCUGCAGAGCCUAUAGACGCCGACGUAACGGACUUUGGACUUUCUUGUCCGACGCCGGACGUGACGCGCCGUCCGGACAUACCGCUCAAUAAAGAUCACGUCUUGGUGCCCUUGAGCGUUCGCUCAUCGGAGACCAACAAGGACUUUGUGUCGAGGAACUUCGCCUACUACGAUUGCUCGAAGCACUUGACUUGUAGGGACUGCGUCAACUCCAAUUGGGCUUGUAAUUGGUGCGUUUACGAGAAUAAAUGUACGCACAACAUUACAACUUGCCAACGGACUUCCUUUAUAGUUAGCGGAGAGAAUAAUCCCACCCAUUUGCAAAACCACGGUUUUGGAUCCUGCCCGCAGUUUAGAAAAAAGAAUGUGAUUUUGCUACCUAAUAAUGUUCCUAAAGAAAUGGUGUUCGAGGUUAGGAAUUUGCCUCAUCCUCAGGCCGACCAUACCGGCUUUCAAUGUAUCGUUACUAUUGAAGGUGCUAAAAUGCGUGUACCUGCUAGAGUUGAUUCGAAUAAGUUAAUUGUGUGUGAUAAUACAACAUAUACAUAUGAAGCUAAUGAAGGCGAAUAUGAGGCGAAUGUUAGAGUAGUUUGGAAUAGAAAUCAUCAUAUAGACUCGAUGAAUAUUAUAUUGUACAAAUGCGACAUCCUGGGUUCUCACAGAGAACACGCCGAUUGUUCAUUGUGCGUUACUAGAAACUCAAAGUAUCAUUGCACGUGGUGUGGAAAUACGUGUACCUAUAACGAAGCCUGCCAACAGAUACCGCACAUUGAAUGUCCCAGACCCAGAAUAGAUAUGAUAAAACCCUUGAGCGGGCCCAUAGAAGGUGGAACGUUGGUAACAAUAGAAGGAAGCAACUUGGGUUUAAAGGAGUCGGAUGUAAGGGGGAAAAUACGUAUUGGAGACGUACCGUGCGAGUUAAUAAAAUAUCAGGUGUCUGUGCGAAUACAGUGCAGAACUGGGCCGUCAAAAUCUGAGAGUACCGCUCCAAUAAUCGUAGGAAACGAGGCUGGCUUCACUGAAUCAUCUGUGGCUUUCAGUUAUAAGGACAUAAGGUUGUCAGGGAUUUUUCCAAGUCUUGGACCGCAAGCUGGCGGCACUCAAUUGGCAAUAACGGGGCAGUAUUUGAAUAUUGGGUCGGAAAUAACAGCCUACUUGGAUGACUAUAUAUGCCAAGUCAACUUGACUCAAGCUUCCAGUGGUAGAUUAACGUGUAUAACAUCGAGAGCCCGCCGCGCGGUUAACAUACGCCGAUUAACGCUGAGCAUAGAUGGCGCCAACCGCACCUUGGACGGGAACCCGUUUAACUACACUCAAGAUCCCACAAUCAUGGAAAUAAAACCGCUAAACUCGUUUGUUUCGGGCGGGAAGAUGAUUUUCGUGCACGGUACGAAUUUGGAUAGCAUACAAAAGCCAGAGAUUGAGGUUUACUCGCUUACUGAACCCAACGUUCCCAUCAAUAAAACUAUAUGUACUGUGUUGAGUGCCACGCAGAUGGAGUGCCCCAGUCCGCCGGUUAACAGACAGUUUAUGAUACAGUCCAGAAGAAAUGUGAGGGUUUCUAGAUCGCUGAGAAAACAAAGUGCUACCGUCACUGCCAAAGUGAAUGAUUUGCCUGAUACUCCUCAAUUGCUGCUGAAAAUCGGGUUUGUUAUGGAUAACGUUCACACCGUAAGGGAUCUGGAGAAGCAUUUCCCCAACCUGAGAUCUCAGUUGGUUUAUGUGGAAGAUCCGAAGUUCUUUAAGUUCCCGAAUCAAGAAAAACUCUACAAAGGCGACACUUUGGUGAUUGAGGGGGAAAAUUUAAACAUUGCCAGUGAUGAAGCGGAUGUUGUGGUCACUAUAGGCACUAAACAUUGCAACGUGACCAGUUUGGCUAUGAGUCAACUUGUGUGUUCACCACCGGAAGUGCAGCCUUUGGACACGGACGAAAACGGAAUUCCGACCGACACAAAUCUACCGUUGGUCGUUGUGAGAGUCGGCCGUAGCUUGAGAUUCUCCAUAGGAUAUCUCCGUUACGAUAUUUUCAAGAGUUUCUCCUUUCCCCCGGAAGCAAUCAUCAUGAUAGCGGCCGGCUCGGUUUUAUUUAUUUUUUUCUUUGUGGCCGUACUCUUCGUUUACCGUAGAAAAUCCACGCAAGCCGAGCGAGAAUACAAACGUAUACAAAUUCAAAUGGACACGUUGGAGAGCAACGUCAGAUCUGAAUGCAAACUGGCAUUUGCUGAGCUACAAACUGAUAUGACUGAUCUUACAGCUGACUUAGAAAAUUCAGGUAUUCCCACGCUGGAUCACACGAGUUAUAUAAUGAAAGUAUUUUUUCCCGGAGUCAGCGACCACCCCAUCUUAAAUGCACCCAAGCGUUCAAACGGCCCUAGGACCCACUAUGACACUGCAAUGUUGCAAUUUGAGCAGUUGGUCAACAAUAAACAUUUUAUACUAGCUUUUAUUGAUAUAUUAGAAUCUCAGAAGUCCUUUAAUAUUCGAAAUAAAGUAAAUGUAGCAUCGUUAUUAAUGGUAGUUUUAAUGGACAAAAUGGAAUACGCAACUGAUAUAUUGAAGAGUUUGUUGUUGCGGUUGAUAGAUAAGUCUGUAAAUACAAAACACCCUCAAUUAAUGUUAAGAAGGACGGAAAGCGUUGUGGAGAAAAUGUUGACAAACUGGAUGGCAUUGUGCAUGUAUCACUACUUAAAAGAGUACGCCGGUUCAUCGCUAUUUUUGCUGUUCAAAGCGAUCAAACAUCAAAUCGAAAAAGGUCUUGUGGAUGCUAUAACGCACGAUGCAAGAUAUUCGUUGUCUGAAGAGAGGCUUUUAAGGGAGAACGUUGAUCACAGUAUGGUCACACUUCAUAUUGUCCAAGACGAUCUCGACGAAAAAAUUCAGUGCAAAGUUCUAGACUGUGAUACAAUCAGCCAAGUUAAGUCGAAAAUUCUCGAUGCACUCUUUAAGAACACACCGUUUUCCAUGCGACCAUCAAUCUAUGAAGUCGAUCUGGAAUGGAGACAUGGUAGAGGAGGGCAUCUAACUCUGCAAGAUGAAGACCUGACAACGAAAACCAUGGGAGGUUGGAAAAAAUUAAACACUCUGGCCCAUUACGGUGUUAAGGAAAGCGCUGUUAUGUCGUUAAUAUCACGUCAAAAUGACAGUUUCAAUAACUGCAAGCAACCGUGUCACAAUUGCGUCACUGGAAUGUAUCUAAAUAACUCUCAAUCGCCAAUAAUAGCUACAAACGGAGAUAUUGAGGGAGGAGGUCAAAAUCCAAGGAUAUAUCACCUGAUUAAGCCCAUCGAAGAUCAUCAAUUUCCAAACAACAAACUUCUUCUGGAAAGAACGCAUAAAGCCAUCCCGGAAAUAUUUUUAACGAGAUUAUUGUCCACGAAGGGUACAAUACAGAAAUUCGUCGAUGAUUUCUUCUUGACAAUCUUAAGGGUGAACGAUGGUCUUCCGCCGGCAGUCAAGUGGCUAUUCGACCUGCUUGAUGACGCCGCAAGAAAGCACGGCAUACAAGAUCCCGAAGUGGUCCAUGCGUGGAAAUCCAACAGUCUUCCUCUACGGUUUUGGGUCAAUUUCAUCAAAAACCCCGAUUUUAUUUUCGACAUCAACAAAACCACAACGCUGGAUUCUUGCUUAUCGGUGAUAGCGCAAACUUUCAUGGACUCUUGCUCCACCACCGAGCACAGGCUUGGAAAGGAUUCGCCUUCAAAUAAACUACUAUUCGCCAAGGACAUUCCAAGAUAUAGGGAUAUGGUAUCGCAAUUCUAUCACGACGUUGCAAUGUUACCUGUCAUUACCGAUCAGGAAAUGGGUUCAGCGAUGCAGCAAUUGUCUGCGCAGCAAGCCGAAGAAUUUGACACAGUGGCAGCUUUAAAAGAACUCUACAUCUACGUUACAAAAUACAGAGAUCAAAUUUUGGACGCACUGAACGCUGAUCCGAACUGCCGCAGGCUCCAUCUGGCGCAUAAGUUGGAAAGUGUCGGUUACACCUUGGGCGGCGAAGAUCCGAUAACUUGCUGACCUGAACAGUCACCUGAUCUGUUGCUGCCUCUCGAUUUACUAAUGCCCGAAUAAAUUUUCCCUUCAACGGGAGUCGUCCCACCCACCCGACAAAUUUCUCUCCAAUUAAACUACUACUACUACUACAAAGUACAAUGUACAAACGUUGUCAAUUAAUUUUUCACGGACGACUCCUUUUGAAAGUCUAAAUUCGGGCGCCCCUUACAGCCCGUGGCGUAGCGUGUAUAACUGUGAUAAAACGCAUGAUCAGGUGACUGUGAAUGGUGAUGAUGCGUACUUACUUAACCCCUCCACUCAAGCGGCCGCUAAUUUCCUUCCAUAGUGCCUCGCUACACUAAAGGGACGUCGGUACACUGAAAAAUCGACAGAAAAAUAUCGCGCGACAUUCAGUUGCAAACAAUAUUAUUCCUGUCGUCUUUUAAUUACAAACUAAAUUACGAUUAAAAUAGCGUUCGGUCCGGUAGCUUAGUAUAAGUACCAACCUAAAGUCCAUUCAAAUCCAAGCUGGACUAAAUGUAAACACAAUCCUCCGAAUCGACCAAUAAGAACUCACAAUCCGAGUCACACCAUCAGAAUCGACCAAUAAGAACGAGUUAUCAUGCGUCUGGGCGUUUUUGUUUAGUCCAGCUUGGAUUUGAAUACACUUUAGAUCUUUUUUAUUUGACAUUUGCCCGACUGAUUUUUGCAUCAAGUGAGCUUUAAUUUUACCGAAUAUUUAUUAUAUUUAUGUCAGCUGAUUUUCUUAUUAAGUGUUUGUUUGAUUCAGUCGUGUAUAUGAUGAAAAUAGUGUGCCGGAACUACAUAUAAAUAUUAAAUACAUGCGCUGAAGGUGUGCAGUGCUGAGUAGCAAUGCAAAAUAUCCCCACUCUCUUUUAAGGCGUUCGAAAGCACUCGGCACUGUAUACCUUCAGCGUGAAAAUACGGUAUAAGUAAAUAGGUAUAUUAACGGUGAAUUCGUCUUCACGUUUCACGUCCAGUGAUUUGUACGUUACUACUUUUAAUUAUGUUUAAAUAUAAAAAUACUGCAUUAUUGUAUCUUAUCUAUUUUUUUUGUAAAUAUUAAUAUAAUAAUAUAAAAUGUGCAUAUAGAUAAUUAUUAUAUCGGAUUUAUAAAAGUGUUUAUAUAUAAGUAAGCGUAAAUUCAUCGAUAAAUUAGAAUGAGUUAGGAUAUCAGUUUUUUCAUAUUUUUACCUAUAAUGAUAGCAUUUUUUGACAAAUUAAUUAAUGUAGGUACAUACAUAUGUAAUAGGUGCUUUUUUAAAAUGUGACUACUUAUCAAUCUGUUCCUACACACUUGCAAAGUUUAUUCUGUUGCGAACUAACGAAAUGAUCCAAUUUUGAAAGAAAUAAACAGUUUUCCUUAAUAUUUUUCUAUAAUAAAAUGUGAUAGUGCAAAGUUCGUAACAAAAUGAACACAACAAUGUAAAUAAAAAAUAACCUCAGUUUAUUGAUAUAAAUAAAUGUGUAUAUUUUUAUUGCAGCUCAGAAUAUUAUUAAAUAGAUUUAAUUAAUUAAUAGUCAUAUUUUAAAUUAGCUUUUAUAAUUUUUUACAUUUUAAAAUAUCGAUGUCUCAAUUUUAAAGUUAAAUAUACAAAUGUUAGAUAAUGAUUAUUAUGACAGUCUGUUAAACCACCAUUAAUUGAUUCAUAUUUUUAACAUACAACUCUCUUAAGUAGUCAAACGCGUGCGCAAUGACGAAAAAAACUGACUCCGUAUGCAUCUAACUACUUAAGCCAAUAUUGCUAGAAAUAAUUUAUAUCUAAGUAGGUUCACCUAUUUUACUGUACUGAUGAUAUUAUUUUUAGUAGGUUACAUUUCUCUUUUAUAUUUUUGGUAAUGUGAUUGUGAAUUAAAGCUUUUUACAUAAAGUGUAUUGUUUAGUGAUAUUUUUUUACUCUAUUAAACAUGUAUUCCAAACUCA